AGCCAAUUUGUCACAAUGUUGAAUUGAAACUUCUUCCCUAAACGUGUGGAAGAAGUUAGACCUAGUAGAUUAGAGCAGGGGAAUUAAUGAUAUAAAGUGUAUUAUUAUUAGCUUAAACUCUAAAAAGUAAUGAUAUAAAGUGUAUUAUUAUUAGCUUAAACUCUAAAAAGUAAUCACUUUAUACAAGCAAGAUAACAUCAAUUAUUAACAGAAAAGGAAAUAUAUCAACUUUGUGUCUUGAACCACAGUGACAAACUUACAUGUCAUGAAGACAAAAGUCAUAAAUACAUAACAAUGAAGUUAAUCUACUGGGGUUCUAAAUCUCCUAUUAUAACAACCCACCAUCACAUGUAAACUAGUAGUACUCAUUUCCUCAAACCCCAAAACAAAUUCUGACCAAAAGAAAACCAACCAACUACAUAGGCUCAUGGAGAAUCCUAGUCCUAGCAGACUCUCCCUUGCCAUGGAGAGAACAGGGCAAUGGAUUUUCUCUCAAGAAAUCCCAAGUGAUGUUAUAGUUACAGUUGGAGAAGCAAGUUAUUCUCUCCACAAGUUCAUGCUGGUGGCAAAAAGCAACUAUAUCAGAAAGCUUAUACUAGAAUCAAAUGAAAGUGAACUCACCAGAUUAGACCUUUCUGACAUACCCGGCGGCCAAGAAGCUUUUGAGAAAGCAGCCAAGUUCUGUUAUGGUGUCAACUUCGAGAUAACGGUCAACAACGUGGCGUCGUUACACUGUGCCGCCGUGUUCCUCCAGAUGACUGAUGAGUAUUGUGAUGGAAACCUGGCCGGAAGAACGGAAGGUUUUCUCUCUCAGGUCGCCCUCACAACUCUUCCCGGCGCCGUAGUUGUUUUAAAGUCCUGCCAUCAGCUUCUCCCCGUUGCCGAUGAAUUAAACAUCGUCAAACGCUGUAUUGACACCGUCAGUUUAAAGGUGUGUAAUGAAGCUAACUUCCCCAGCCGUUCACCACCGAAUUGGUGGACGGAAGAGCUCCCUGUUCUCGAUGUUGAUUCAUUCGGGAAAGUGAUCGCCGCCAUGAAACAACGUGGUGCCAAAUGCCUAACUCUUGCCGGAGCAUUAAUCACAUAUACAGAACGCACUCUCCGUGAACUCGUACGUGAUCAAACCGGCGGAGCCGGAGGAAGAAUCCGUUCAUCAUAUCCAACAGAUUCCGAUUCAGAAACAAAAACAGAACAACGCGAGACUCUACAAUCCAUCGUCCCACUCUUCCCUUCAGAGAAAGCUGCUUUUCCAAUCAACUUCCUCUGCUGCCUUCUCCGUUGCGCGAUCUACCUCCGCGCAUCAAGCUCCUGCAAACGCGAACUCGAGAAACGAAUCUCCGACAUUCUCGAACACGUAACAGUGAACGAUCUGUUAGUCAUCUCAUUCACCUACGACGGCGAGAGACUCCUCGAUCUCGACAGCAUUCGAAGAAUCAUCUCCACCUUCGUCGAAAAAGAAAAAAGCACUACAGUUUUCAACUCCGGUAGCACCUUCGGAGAAAACUGCUCCGCCGCGAUGCAGCGCGUUGCCAAAACCGUCGACGGAUAUCUCGCCGAAAUCGCUUCUUACAGCGAACUAGCAAUUUCAAAAUUCAACGGAAUUGCCAUUCUCAUUCCGAAAGGCGCGCGGAAACUCGACGAUGAUCUUUACCGCGCCGUGGAUAUCUACCUAAAGGUGCAUCCAAACCUUGAUGAACUAGAGAAGGAGAAAGUAUGCAGUGUAAUGGACGCGCUGAAACUGUCUUACGAAGCGCGUGUGCAUGCUUCUCAGAAUAAACGGUUACCGGUGCAGAUUGUUCUUCACGCGCUUUACUACGAUCAGUUAAAAAUAAGAAGUGGUGGUGCGGCAGAUCGUGACGCCGCGGUGGCGGAACGGAAUCAGUUACAAACCGACGUAACGUUGGUUAGAGAGAACGAGGAGUUACGAACGGAAUUGAUUAGAAUGAAAAUGUACGUUUCGGAUUUGCAAAAGAAUGGUGCAACGACGUCGUCUUCUGCUGGAAAUGGAAAAGAAGUCAAAAAGUCAACGUUUUUUUCUUCUGUGUCUAAGAAAUUGGGUAAGUUGAACCCGUUUAAGAAUGGGUCGAAAGAUACGUCUCAUAUUGAAGAUGGGCCUGAUUUGACAAAGCCCAGAAGAAGAAGGUUCUCUAUUUCAUAGAUUUGUUUUGUUUUUUGUGUAAAAUUUAAGUGAUUAAUUAAUUACUUAAUUAGUGUUUACUAGACAAAGUUUAGUACUAGUGUUGUUUAAUUUGAUUGUAUUUGUGUGUGAAGUAUAUUCUAUAAAAUGCAAUUUGUUUGGGCCUUUGGGGUUUGGGUUAGUAACAUCUAAGUUUGGACUCUACAAUCUACAUAGUAUUGGCAAGGUUUCUCUAUUUCAUGCUACUUAUGUGCCAAGAAAAAAGGGUGUAUACACGUUUGGAGGAAUCAUGAGUCCUGCCAAAUAUGAAUCAGAAUUAUAUAAUGUUUUAAUUGUUAAGAAUAA